GCAUAGAUCCCUGCAACGUGCUCGUAUAGAUGUUGCCUUCUCGAAAUUCCGAGCAUUUCUGAAAAGUCGGGUUGUUGGUCGGACAGUCCAAUUUCGUUGUCCCGACGGUCAGUCCGACAAAUUGGCCUUAGUGUAGAGGACGUAACACGAAGCUGGCAUGCAAUUGGUGUUGUCAUGGCAACCACAAUACAAACAUUCGGCAACCUCCCUCCGUCGAAUGAAUAAUUUUAUACAAAAAGUGGUUCAUAUUGAUGCAGUCAUUUUUUGCAUCAAUGUCAAUAUUCAAGCAAUUAUCACAAAGUAACAUUUGAAUUCGAAACGAAAAAAAAGUGCGUGUCUGAACGCUUCAAACGGCAAAUUCAAAAUUCGAGUAAAUAUACGUAGUUUGCAAAACAGGAAAAUUAAUGGUUAAAAACAAAAAUACUAUUGAUUUCUUGCAGGUGUCAGGCGAAUUUCGUAAGGUGGUUACAACUGAAAAAGUAACAAUACCUCUUUUGGAAGUGGGAAACUUUUUAAGAAACUAGUCGCAAAGCAGUCCAUUCAUCAUGAGUGAUAGACUGAAAUUUAUUGUGAAUGAACUCAACAAGCCUCCAUUCAACAAGUCUGUUAAUAUUAUUUCUUUUGAUUCAUUAAGUUCAGAAUCAUUAUUACAGGUGUUAACAGACAUUUUGGCAGAAAUAGACAAGAGCAAUAAAGUUGAUGUUCGUGCUGAAGAACCUGAUCAAACUGCUGUUCGUAUUUUGGGGAUGUUGCGUAUCCUGAAAUAUAAACCUGGUCCUGAAGUAUCCCCAUCUGCGUUUCGACAAGGGUUGGUCCAAGGUGAAAAACAGAUUAUACACCCAAUUUUAGAAUGGUUACUUCAGAAUAUGCCAGAUCUAAAGAAGAGAGCCUACUUAGCUCAAUAUCUAGUAAAGGUGGAAGUUCCACUUGAAUUCCUUGGUGAUGCUGAUAUAUCAGGAAUUUAUGAACAGUAUGAACAUUUAAUAGAAGAAUUCAAGGCUUUGCACAAAGAAUGUGAAGCCCUGAAAAACAGUGGAUAUUCAACUGCAGAGCUGCGAGCAGACAUUGAAACAAUGGAACGUGAAAAAGAAAUAGUUUUGAAAAAAAUAGAACGCAUGCAGAGAAAGGUGGAAGGCAUGCCAAACAAAGAUGCUAUGCUUCAAGCUGCUCAUGCAUUACGUUUGGAGAGAGAACUUGCCAAAGAAUUAGCUGGACAGAAGCAACAUCAACAAACAUCUCUCACUCAAACUGAACAUCGUAUUCAACGCCUCCAGCAGCAACUGAAAGAAAUGCGACAAGCUGCUAUGGGUUCCACUCCACAAGGAUUACUUCAAAGAUUAGAAGAGGAAACUAAUGUGGCUACUUACAUUGUAAAGCAAAAAUUGCCCAAAGAAAUUGAAACAAGGAGAAAAGAAGUAGAAAUAUUACAAAACGUGGCAGCUGAACCUGCUCUUGGCCGUGGAGACAUAGAUGCUUUGAAUAACAAGAUUCAACAAGUAAAUAUUGAGGUGAAUCGAAUAGUGGAACGUCAUUUAGCCUUGAACAAUCCAACUGAUGAUAAGUUGGCUCCAUUUAGACAGCAAGCAGCAAUUAUAGCUCGCAAGAAAGAAAGCACAGCAGAACAACUUGGGGAGUUGAGGAGUAGAGUUGCAGCAUUAGACGAAGAACUGCAGGAGAAGCGCAACAGGCUCCAAGAGUUUGCUGGUGAAACAGUUCUUAGAGGUGAAGAGUUCAAACGUUAUGUCACAAAAUUACGUGGACGAAGCUCAGUUUACAAGAGACACAGAGCAGAACUAUCAGCCCUCAAGGCAGAAGCAGGAGUAUUGACUCGCACUUUGGAAUUACUGCAAUCUAGGGAUGAAUCUCUCCUAAAAGGACUUGCUGUUCGCGAAGUUCAACAUGGAGUAGCUGGAUACCGUGAUACAGAGGAGCGCAUUGAACAAGUUUCCGAAGAGAAGGCCAGUGUAGAUCAAGAGAAAGGCAAGACACUGGAAGAAAUGUCUGCAUUGGUUCUGGAAUUGUCUCAGCGAAUAGCAAGCAAGAAAGCACAACUGGCUCCUAUCUUGAAAGAAUUAAGACCUCUCAGAGAAAAGUGUCAAGAAGUAACAGAAGAGUAUGAGAGAAAGAAACAAACUUAUGAUUCCACUGCUGCUGGUCUAGAAAGUACUACCUCGAAAUUGGAGCAGGUAGUUCGAAAUCUCCGUGAAGAAGUUUUGUCUAAUGAGUCCAAGUAUCAUCAUUUACAAGCUGAAAUCAUAAUAACACAAGUGAACAUUGAUCGUCUUUCAGAUGAAUUGCGAAACUAUGUCAGUGGUAGUCAUUCUGACAAAAAUAAGUCACUCAGGGAGCAGUUGAUGAACUGUAUUAAUGAGCAAGAGAAACUGAGUCGACAACUGAAAGAUGAUCAACGAUUGGUAAAAGAAAAUCAAAAUAAUCGUGCUCGACAGAUGAAACUUUGGACUGAUUUAGAAGCAUUACUUGAGUGUAAGAAACGGUGCCACGAGGAAGCCAGAAGAAAUUCUGGAGUUGUUCAUCGAGAGAAGGGUGCUGAAACUUUAGUCUUGCAGUGAUUUGACACAAAAAUCACUGAAACUGAAAGUUCUGGAAUGUCUAAUUUCAGUAAAUGAAUGGUUAAUAAACAUGAACAUUUUGCACACAAGAACACAAACACAAUGGCUGUUCAGAGUUUGUCAGUAUUUCUAAUGUAAUAGAGCAAAACCCUCAACAAAAAAGACAGAGGCACAAAAUACUUUUUUUAAAGUAACUAUCAUAAUAUUGAAUUGUUUAUCCACCUUUUUGAGUAAUGUAUCAAAUCCAGAAGCAUUUUUGUUUUAGAACAUCUGAUAAAUGUGUUAUUUCUCUUAUUUACAAGUUCUUAAAACGAGAUAUUCUGGCAAAAUUUUUUGUUCAAAAGUUUAAAAUAGAGGAAGAAAGAAAAGGUAGAGUAGUUAGUGAUGUAGAUCAUUAAACACAAUAGACUUUUUAAAAUUCAAUUGAUGCUUUUUUUUUUUUAUUUUCAUAAACAUUACAAUCUAGUCUUAUAGACUAGGCAAUUUUCUUUUGACCUAAACUACUAUGAAAUAAAAUUUGUUCUAAGAGCUAGCCCAUUAGCACCCUCUUAGUUUCAAAUUGAAUUUAAAAACACACUUUCUUGUGUUUGUAGAUACACUAGUAUUUACACUGUUAUUUUUCUUAGUUCUUAAAGCACUUUGUUACCUCACUGUGAUGUAAUUUUUCAGUAGGUCUGUGAUGUCCAGGAGAAAAAUUGCUUUGGGAUUAUUGUGUUGGUGCAGCCUUCCUUCGUGAUUUAUUGCAAACCUUUGCAUUUUUUCAUUUGUGUGGGUCAUAUGAACACUUUUACUUUCAAUUAAUUUGAUAUUCCAAUCAUUGAUCCAUUUUGUACACGUAUGAUUGCUGAUUGUAGCCUUUGGGUUGCUUCUUCAUUGCUUUUUCCUACUCCUAAAAGUGCAGUGUCAUUGACAUAUGUUCCUAUGACACUUUUUUGGUUUGGGAAGGUUUCUGGUAAACAGUAGGUAUAGUAUUGGCCCCACAUUUUGCAGUACUCCUGCCUUAAUUUUUUUGAGUCCUGUGUAGGUGUCAUCUUGUUGAACUCCGAAGUACCUGUUAAGUAAGAUUCUAGAAGAUCUUAAUAUUAUCUGGGAAGAAUAGUCUUCAA